UAUUCCAUCAGGAGCCUUGGUGUUCAUUCUCAAGUCGCUGAGGACGGAACCCACACGUCUCAAAAUGAGGAACUUGGAAAUCCUCCUGACCUACGCUGCGGCGAUUUCGACCGUGCGCGCAAUCGCAGACAGUGUACUCGAAGACACCGCUUUUGAAGCCGAAGAAUACAUGAGGUCCCUGAUCAAGGAUCAUUUACGUCAUCAUAUGAUUCAAUCGGAAUCGAAUCUCAACAACUUCUCAUGCAUAAUCCUUCGAGAAUACACUGGGCGAGUUGCACCUGUCGGAAGAGACCUCAACGCCUCUGUCACAGAAGGCAUUGUGAAGGGUCCCAUCACUUUCAAGGCAGUGAAGUGCAGAUCGACCCGAGAGCAUCCUGCGGGUCAUGUCUCCUUCUCUUGUUUGAUCGAAACGGAGCCCAUCGAGGUCGAGUACUCGGCGACCGUUUCAGGCUACGAUUUCCUGGGAAGGGUUUCAAAGGUGCCGUUGAAAGCGAAAUCAGAUUUCGUUUUCCAUGUCCGAAUCUGUCAGGACGCGUCAGCGCAGCAAAAUGUGGAGGAAAUCAUUUCAAUGAUGCUGAACAAACCGAAAUUCGAGAGGAAUACCUUCAAGGCUCUCGAUCUGCAGGGGAAACAGCAAUCUCUCCUCCAAGAUUGUUUGACGUACAAUAUUCAAAAAGGAUUGGAUUUCUCCAUCAAACGUUACCUAACUGACGCCUUCCAAUCUGCACUCGAUGCGAUGAAGCGAGCGCUGCCCACCCCGACGCCUAAAUUCGCGGAGGGAACCGGAAAUCGGGGAGACGGGUUCGAAAAGGAAUGAAUUGGCUGAGCGAGCUUUUUUGGGCUGUACCGCACGGCCAAGGUCUGACGUCCCGAGCACUCUUAUUCACAUUGCGUCCGAGGACGGAUCCAUAGAGCAAAUGUGCCCAGGAGGAUCAAGACCGAGUACCUGCACUUCCGUGAGGAAUAUCCCUCCGGCAGCAGGGAUCGAUGGCCACACAACCUCCCGCGCGAUGAUAGCUUCUGCAGGAAUAAAGGCAAAAUUUCCCAGCAUGCGUAA